AUGUCGUUUUCUUUUGGACCAGCAACUGCUCAAGCAACUCCUUUUGGAUCUACAGCAAAACCGUCGUUCUCUUUUGGAAGCACUAACACUGCUACAACAAGCACUGCUGGAUUUGGAGGGUUUGGUACCAGCACAAUAUCUUCAGGAUUUGGAAGCUUUGGUGCUGGUACAACGGCCACAGCAGCACCCUUUGGUGGAUUAGGGAGCACACCAGCAUCUACAGCUCCGUCACUUUUUGGUGGUAGCACAUUUGGAAAUACGGCUGCUAAACCUAGUACUGGUUUUGGAUCAAGCACCUUUGGUGCAGGAACAUUUGCUAAUAAUGCCCCUUUUGGUGCAAGUACAUCAACAUUUGGUAGUACAGCACCAUCAUUUGGGACAAGUACUUUUGGCACUUCUUUUGGGACUGGGUCAACUUUUGGAUCAACCCUUGGCAAACCAGCAACAACAGGGUUUGGAGGUUUUGGAACCGGACUUGGUACAUCUUCUGCUUUUGGACAACAGCAACAGCCACAACAACAACAGCAACCCCAAGGUCCAACGAAUGCACAUGAAGCGCUUGUAGCUGCUGUUUUUAAUUGCAAUGUAUUUGGUGAUGACAGAGAUCAAGUGUUAGCAAAAUGGAAUCUACUACAAGCUCAAUGGGGAACAGGGCAAGCGUAUUACAAUAGAAGUGCACCACCACUAGAGCUGAAUGAGCAGAAUCCACUGUGUCGCUUCAAGGCAGUUGGAUAUUCGAGACUCGGAGGCAAAGAAGAUAAGGAUGGUCAUGUUGCAAUGAUGUUUACUAAGCCAGAAAAUGAAAUAAAGAACAAUCAGCAGGGUUUCAUUACUUCGUUAUCUGGUCUUCUUGGGAAUAAACCUAAUCUUGCUGUGAAUAUAGAAACUGUAAAGGCAGUUUCAGAUAAAAAGUGUCAGGUCGUUGUGUACGUAGUGGAUAAAGGAGCGGGCGGUUGUCAUAUAAACGCAUCUGAAUUAAGCGCUUUCUUAAACGCUGGAGCUUCUCGAAAUACUCUGAACGGCGCAGGUUGCACCAGCAUCACGCCUGUCACGAGACCCACAUCGCAGAUGCUCGACCAGUACCUGCAAACUCCUCCACCUGGUAUGGAUAUGCGUCUAUGGAAACAAGCUCAAGCUGACAAUCCAGACCCCGAAAAUUAUAUUCCUGUGCCGAUUAUUGGAUUCUCUGAGAUCAAGUUUCGUGCACAAUGUCAGACUGCAGAAUCCGGCUUGCAAGCGAGCUAUCUCCGUAAAGCUUCCGAAACAUUGAGUGAGUUGCGCACGCGACGUGCCGCGUCGGCCGCAACUCUUGCGCAGCUCACUGCGCGACUUAACUCUUUGAGACAUACCCUAUUACAGAUAAUUGCUCGCCAAGAGGUCUUGGGACGUGUCGGAGCAGCUUUGAGUCCAGAGGAAGAAGCCGCGAGAGCAAGACUCCAGGAAUUGGCCACCCAGCUGGCAGCACCGCCCCUGUAUAAUGGUCGCCUGAACGAGUUACUUUGUGCGGUGCGACUACAACGUAGCGCCAGCGCAGGCGCACCUCAUGAGAGAUAUCAUUUGGAUCCCGGCGCGCAGGACGACGUGAAGCAGUUCCUAUCACUACAACAGCGUGGCAUGGCCCACUUGAUGGACACCGCUCGCAAAGACCUCGCCGCCCUCAAUACGAUCGCGGAGGGCAUGGCUCGACUAGUGAGGACCUAG